GGAGUCGAACGAAUCGGCACAUCCUCAAUAUAACUGUAUAAAAAAAAAAUAUAGCUGAUAUAUUAAUUUGUGAUGGCUCGUUCAAAAUCGAGACUAGUUGUCAUUGAAGUUUAAACAAAGCAUAACUUUUCUAGAUCAAACAAAUAUCUCACAUUUUAUUUAUUUUGUUAGCGAACUAAACACAAAUACCCCUAUAAGUAAUACAGCUAUCUCGGCGUUGGAAAAUUUUGAUGUUAACAAACUACAUUCAAAAUGCAGUUUUAAUCCUCAACCACGGGCCAGAGUCGUUCAAAACAAACAGAUCGUACAGUACACGGACCGCCCAUCAGCAAGGAUGCCUAUCGCCAUAAUGCUGGAGCCCAACAGUGAACGGUGAGUGGCCCAGCCAGGUAGCCACGACCAGCCCUCCGUUGCCAUGGACGCCUGUGCCCGCAUUCGAGGGGUGCCGCUGAGGACCAGAGCGUCCAUUCGAAAAGAGACGGUGCGCGACAGCGGGGGACAGUGUGUGAAGAGCCUUCUGAGGACCAAGAAAGAGCUGUGUCGUGUGAGUGUGGAGCUGCAGAGAGGAGACGCACUCAGGUUAACCGAGAUCAAUUUUGUGUGUCUUCCUGGUCUCUCUGAAGGGAAGGAUGCCUCUCCACAGGCUCUGUCCUCUCUGCCCGUGGAGCUGUGUGACCUGCUCCGCUCCCUCCACGUCCACAGCCUCCGCAACGACGAGGUGCUGCUGCUCAAGGACUCGCGCCGCCCGGCCCCGGGAAGGGACCCAGCCACUCAGUGCUGGCUCAGGGUGGUGUGCGUGCUGAGGCACAGUCCCAGCUCUGGGCCCUGUCCUCAGGCCAUCAUCGCCUCCCUCCUGGGCCUGCUGGGGCGCUAUGCCGCCGGGAUCCGCUACGCCCUGGAGCUGCAGGUCCUCAACAGGGGCUCGUCCGAGUCCCACCAGGCGGAGGAGGACGACACCAACCAGUCCGUCUCGUCCAUCGAGGACGACUUUGUGACCGCGCUGGAGCAUCUGGAGGAGGAGGACGCCAGAGAGGCCCCCUCUGCAGCCGCAGCUCCGUAUCACCAUGGCACAAAACGUGACGUCGCGUCCCAGACCAUCCCGGCCCACAAGAGAAAGAAAGACCUUGCGGGGUCGCGUGUGAUCAUCGGCUCCUCCGCCAAGCGGCCCGCCUCCAAGCUCCAGUGUGGGCCGGAGGUGUCCAUCACGGUGCAGAGACCGUCAGCCCCCGACUCCCAGUGGACCCACUACAACCCGGGGACCCGCCUCCCGGAACCCGCCGCCGCCCACUACAGCGAGUCGGACGAUUCCGAUGGCUCCAGCCCCAGCCCCAUCAUCUUCCUGGAUGAGGUGGGCUACCAAAAGAGUCUGCUGGCCAAGCUGGACAUCCCCCAGGUGCCCGGCGGGCCCAGGGAGCCCGUGGAGGACUCUGACUCGGAAGUCAGCGAGUUCUUCGACAGUUUUGACCAAUUCGAUGACCUAGACGAGCUGAGCUCCGACAGCUGCACCCUCACCCUGCCUCUGGACCUCGUGAACCCCUCAGACCCGGGCCAGAAAAAGAAGAAGCCGUCCGAGAUCAAUGUAGGUGGCUCCAAAUACGUGUCUCGAGGCUGCUCCACCAAGGGUAGGAACCUGCAGCGCUUUGACCAGCCCCCCCUUCCCGCCAAUCUGAAAAAGCCUACACCUCUAAAACCCGGAUCACCCUACUCCCCGAACUCUGAAGUGCCCGACUCCCCCCGUCCUGUGCGGACGUCCUGCGAGGAGGGUCCGCUUUUCAGCCCCGUUAGCGCCUCGGCCUUCAGCCCCCUGGGCGACUCCGGAGGUUCACUGGAGUACUUUUGGAAAUCAGAGGGAGACGUCUCAGAGCUGCGCAAGCCCCAGGACCUUUGCUCGCUCUACAAGACCUACUCCGACUUCGCCAGCAGUCUGUCGAGGGAGAUCCUGGGCUCGGUGUGCGGCUACCAGUCCCCGACGGACAUGUCGGACAACAAGAACCUGAGCUGCGUCUGCCACAAGGAGUUCCAGAACCCCGCCGGCCACCUGAUGAAGCUCUCCGAGAUCCAGGAGGCCGUGACGGUGGACAAGCUGCAGCAGAGGCCUCAGUCCCUGAAGGACGGCAUCCAGCGCUUCGCCACAGACCUGGUGGAAAUGAGCUUGGGCAGCGCCCUGCGGGACCUCCAGAAGGGCGUGUCCCAGUGCACCACCACGCUCUGCCACCUGGCCGCCAGGCUCACCUCCUCCGUGUUCCAGAUGGCCUUCCACGAGAUCGGUAUGCGCCGCGCCAUCGUGCUGAAGGAGCGGGCCAUCAGCGGCCUGGCCGGCUUCCUGGUCGGCGAGGCCGUGUCCGGGGCGCUCAAGGAGUUCCUGACGGUCAAAAAGCAGAUCUUCAACAGCACGGUGUCCCAGUUUGCUGCAGACCUGGCCGAGGAACUGGUGUUUGAGGGCAUCAUGGAGGUGUGUCAGUUCUCCCACCCCUCGACCCCGCUCACCCCUAGUGACUGGUCCUUCGGCCAAGGGAGAGGCGAGGCAGAGGAGGAGGACGAUGACGACGAAGGAGAGGAGGUGGUGUGCUCCUAUGCUUCAGACCUGUCGGAGUCGGUCAUACAGGAGGCUUUCAUACAACUCUCCCAGGCUGACGUGGCCUUCACGAGCCAGGCAGCCAUCAGUGUUUCUCUGGACAACGUCUGCUACGUCAGCUCCGACGACACCAGCACACACACCUGCAGUACCGUCACCGGUUCGCAGGUGUGCCACGCCGACCCGGCCGCCGACGGGACCCCCGGCCCGUCAGGGGAGGACGGGGUGUGCACGGUGAAGAAAGCGCUGUUUACAGUGUCGGGCAUGGCCAGCUGCAUUUCUGUGCCACAGGCAGGCCAAGCCCUUUCCCUCCCCACGCCCUCCGAAGAGACGUGUCAGUAUAAGUCAGCCCUGGCCCCCACGUCACAGACCAGCCCCAAGAGGACAGUUGUGACGACAGCCUCUUCAGACACCACCGCCGCCACGCAGACUGAGAACUACCCUCAAGGACCCCACUCCGGUCCCCGGGGAGACGCCUCCGAAGGGAAGUCCCCUUUCCACCACUUCUCUGGCAACAUGGUGGACAUGAUCGUCAGCGAGGCAUGUGAGCUUAUGACCGCUACCAAGAUGAAAAAGAGUUUUGGUGACUGCGCAGAGUUUUUCACCAAGAAUAUAGGGAGCAGGAGAGGCUCCUCUUCUAGGCCUGGUUCGGUCAGCGACGAUCUUCCUGACUCACCGCUGGUGCAGAGAGCUGGCCAGGAGAGCUUCACAUACGACGGCAAGGACUGUGGGGCUGUGAAUCAAAGCGGUCCCCCUGAACAGACGUCAGGAACACACAUUGAGCCGUCUCAGCCAAAAUGUGCAAGCAGAGGUAGUGGGGAGUGUAUCCCUGGUAGUAGUGGUGGGACAGGGGAGAUGCUUCCUGUGACCAUGGACUCUUUAGAUUUGCCCGGAGCCAGGACAGGAGUCCAGAGGAAGACCUCCAUCCCCAGGGAGGAGUCCACCCCAAGCUGCGUUCAGAAGACCACACGGACACCCGGAACCCCUCCUUCUAGCCCCCAGCAGCCCACCGAGGUGUCGAAGGAGAAACAGAUCAGGCAGUUCUCCAAGAAAUUAAAAGGCAAGCUGGCCAAGGAGUUCUCCCCAGCGACCCCACCACCUACCCCCCGCUGCCUACCGGAGCCCGGUCCUGGGCCGGCAGACCCUAGCCCCGAGGCAGACAAGGCCGACUUUAUGGUGAAUCUGAUGCGGUCGCUGUCGGAGGAGGCUGAGGGCCACGGACAGGAGGAAGAGGACGAGGAGGAAGAGCAAGAGGAACACGGAGAAGGCGGGCCUUGCGCCGUCCACCGAGGCUCGGCGAUCGGAGGCACCUCAAGGGCGACUGCUCGCAGGAUGUCCAACAAGGAGGCCUUCCGCUAUGCCGAACGGCUUGCCUGUCACAUUGUAUCCAUGGCGACGGAGAUGGACACCCUGAUUGGGGCUGAGAAGCUGGAGAAGGAGAAGGAGAAAGAGGAGGAUGGGUCAGGGAGCCCAGAGGGAGUUGCGAGGAGGGACAGCGUGGCUCAGUUCUCGGAGGAGACCCUCAACUCACUGUGGGUUUACGCCGGCGAGGUGGCGGGGGAAGUCAUCAGUGACGUGAAGCGGUUGGUCAACCCAGGUCCGCAGUGUCCCCAUCACAGCGCCCUGCGCAGAAGUAGCCUGGACAGGCCAGUCCCUGAGUGUCACCACCAUCACCAUCAUCCAAUGGCUUCCAGCCCCCAGUAUCCCAUCUCCACCGCCACCUCCAGCCCAGGCUUGUCCUCCCAGUACCCCAGCUGCGAGAGCGUGACUGACGAGUAUGCCGGCUACCUCAUCAGGGUGCUGAAGAAGGAGGGAGGCAGCAGGGAACUCGUGCUGGACCAGUACGCCAGCCGCUUGGCCUACCGCUCCAUCAAGCAAGGCCUGACCCACGCCGCCCGCAAGAUGAAGAAGAAGUCUUCCAGCGCUCGUCGACUCCACUCGUCCAGGUCCCUACCGGAGGAUUGGAAGGCAGCCGGGGAUGAGGCGUGCCAGACAAGGGUCGGACAGAGCAGCGUGUGCACUUGCCCCCAGGACUCUGAGGAACAGCGUCAGCGGGAGUACGCCGACUUGGUCCACUUUUCGGAGUCGUUGGCGUACAGCAUCACCUGCGACGUGACGCGGAAGCUGUGCCUGCCGCCCGCGCUCCUGCCCAAGUCUCUGACAGACUCCUGUAUCUACAGAAGCCCCAAACUGGAGGACAUGGCCGAGAAUCUGAUCAGAGACGCCUUCUCCUGCCCCCUGCUGGCCGAGGAAGAUAAGGGCGGGCAAUACCACAGCACCAGCAGCCUGAGUGAUGGGGGCUACGGCGCCGGGGUCAUGCAGGUCAUAGAGCACUAUGCCAGGAAGAUAGUGGAGGACACCCUGGAGAUGGGUCUUUCUGCGGCCGGCCACUUGGGCCAGGAGAACCUGAGGCCCCCGGCUCACGACAGACACGCCUACGCGGACAGGCUGUCGGAGGGAGCCUGCCCCCACUGCACCAGGCCCAGGGCGCACCACCUCCACCACUGUCGGCACCCGGGCCCCAGGGUGAGGCCCAAGCGGGGCCAGGAGUGCGAGGGCGGAGCGGAACACCUCCUGGAGAUCCCCAAGAUCCAGAUCGACCUGGACCUCCGCGUGGCAUUCGCCGAGGAGAUGGUCUCCGUCGCCAUGGAGACGGCCAAGCGGGAGCUGAGCAACACCAGCCUCAACGCCGACAGCGGCAUCGGCCACGACGGGGCCAGCUACGCUGAGAGCCUGACGGCUGAGAUCAUGACGUCGGCGCUGUCCAACCUCUGUCAGGCGGCAAACCCCAGCUCCCCAGGAAGGGAUGCCACUGAGUCGACGAUGCCCCAGCAGCUCAGCGUGGGCGAUGACAGCCUGGGCAGCUGGUCCAACCUGAGCUUUGAGGACGAGCACCCCGACGAGAACAGCAGCUUCCUUCACCUCAGUGACAGCAGCAAUGGGAACAGCAGUAGCUGGAGCAGCCUUGGCCUGGAGGGGGAGGUGUGUGAGGACCACCUGUCCUUCUCCCCCUCGGACAGUGAAUGUCCCGAGGAGCAGGAGACCGACGUCAAGGAGGAAUCUAGUGGGACAGUGUGCGUGGACAGGCCUCAGCCGCCGGCCCCCAAGGCCCUGCUGGUGCUGGUGAACUCUGAGGUCAUGGAACCGGGACAUGAGCCCCAGGGGGCCGUGAUCCUGGACCCCCAGGUGAGGUGCAUGCUCCAGUGGGCUGCAGCCUCCAUGGCCGAGUUGCCCCAGGUGCAGCUGGGCACGGAGAGAGAGAUCCAGCAGCUCCAGGCGGUGGUCCAGCGGCUCCGGGAGCGGGAGUGCCGGGUGGGGGACCUGCUGCAGGCCCUGCUGCGCUACUGUGAAGAGGUCCAGGCCCGGAGCCAGUUGCCGGCGCCCUCCCACCCCAGGGAGACGCCCUCUCUGCCCCACCACGGCACGCCGCUCUUCCAGUGGCUCCUGGAGCACUUUUAGCCUCUCCCUCUCCUUCUCUCCCUCCUUUCCGUUCCCUUAUCUUUACCCCUCUCCCGGUGACACCUGCUCUGUGUAUGCGGAAUCGCGCUGCUGCCUAUUGGCCUCCACUGCUGUAUUACUCCCCUACCCAACGCCUGUCCAUGUGAACCGAGACCCCCCUCUCUCUAGUGUCUCCUAUAAGGCUUCAUACCAGCCGGCCGUCACUAGAUGGCGCCAGGCAGAUGGCACGAAGAAAUCUGCUCAUAGCUGUGUGUAAGUGUGUGUGUGUGCGUGUGUGUUAGAGAGAGAGGGUAAUUUGCACUGUACCGUGACCAGCAGUAAUUCCUUUUUCCUUCCUCCCAAUUAGUCGUUAGAGCUCUGUUUAUUCUUGGUAUUAGCCUCCGUCGUUCUGAUUUAGUGACUGACCUCGGAAACAGCCGAAACCUUGUGUUCUUGCUAAUCUUCCUUUACUGCUACAGAAAGAAAGCGGAGGAGAGAAGCCCAGCCCUAGUCGAGACAAUGUGUUCUGUGUUAGGGAAUCCCCACUCGGGUGGAUGAUGUCAAAGCCGGAGUUCACCUCUGUGGUGGCGUUUCCACAUGCUAAAGACACCGACCUCACACACGCAUGUGCGCACACACACACACACACACCGCACCACCACACCCUUCAUCAUUUGUACUGCCCGAAGUCAUUCAAGUUGCUUAAUAUUACUACCUUUUUUCUCCUCGAGCAUAUUGUAUUUCAAGACUCUAAAGUGAUUGCUUGUCAGUCAUGGUGUAUUCCGUUUCUGGCCCUGUUGCACUGAGGCUCAGUAAAUAUGUGGUAUCGAAACACUUGGAUUAUUCACACCUGUCAAAUAAGGGGUAUAUAUAUAUAUAUAUAUAUAUAUAUAGAUAUAGAUAUAGAUAUUACUGUUUACCCCUCAUAUCGCAGAUCACUUCUUCCCAUCAGUAUUAGUGUGCAAAAUAGAGGUCUAACCUCUGCUCAAAACACAAUCAAUAGUGAUUAUCAGGAAGUUAUCAAGGAUUUCAAGGCAUUGUAUUUUUUGAGCCUGGAAAACCUCCCAACCUUUCGUUUUUGCACAAAUAAACGUAAGGAAAUAACCUGUACUUCUUUACCUGACGUAUGGCCAGUUGAAGUUGAACUGCUGCUCGGUGAUGCAAGCAGCCAUGGAUUGUAGUGGCGGAGUCUCUAGCCGUAUGAAGCCGGGACAGUGACUGUCAUCGUGUGUGUGUGUGUGUGUGUGUGUGUGUGUGUGUGUGUGUGUGUGUGUGUGUGUGUGUGCGUGCGCAUCGGUGUCGAGCCUGGGGCCACCGUGGAUGGUGUUGAGGAGAACAGGGCGGAGGGAUCUACUGACGUAGAUGACAUUAAUCACAGGUUACCCAAGCAAGACCUCCGAAACCAUCAGUACCAUCACACAUAACCAAACAGUCGCCAGUCGCCCGUUCACCACCACCACCACCACCACCCACACGCACACGUCAGUGUGUGUGUUAUUCAAUAUUCCUGGCUAUCGCCACUUCUAUUGAACACACACGCCCAUGUUACUCAUCAGAGGAAUGCUAAACACGCACACAGGCUCUGAUUUGCUGAUGUUUGCAUCAGUACUGCUUCCUCAAUGAUUAACAGACAAAAGGGGAAGGAGACUCAGCUCCGGGCUCUCCCUGCCUCUCCAUCUCCACCCCCCCUCUCUCUCUCUCCACCACCUCCGUCCCCUCCCUCACCCUCUUCCAUCUCGUUCCUCCGCCAUCUCCCUCUGCCAUCUCCCUUUCCCUCUCUCCCUCCAUCUCCCUCUCCAGAGGUAGAAGAUGAUCAUGGUGAUCAUCUUCCCCUUGAGUUCCUCCUCAUCGUUGUGGAUCGCGUCCCAAUCUGCAUGGCUGAGUCUCUGAAAUCGGACUCCUUCUUUGGGCUGAAUAUCGUUCUAUAAAUGUACCUGGCUAUCGUGUUGAUCCGUGGCUCGCCAAAACGUGCAAUUGUUCGCAACAGUUAUUCCUGUAUCAUGAAUUAAAAUGCUAUACAUAUAUAUCUAUAUAAUUAUAUACAGUAUAUAUCGAUAUAGAUAAAUAUUACACACACACAGAGCACAGGUGGGCUUCUAACGACCAUCCAGUUUAUACCUGAAGACAGUGUUGUUAAAAAAAGAAAAUUGGAGGGGUUUUGAGAAUUUAAAUGCACACCGCCGUGUUUCUUGGUUUACAUUCUAAACAUUUCAAACAAAGUAUACAAAAGAACUACGAAUGUAUUGAGAGUGAAAGCCUGCUUUGGUCUAAAGGGCCUUUCCUUUAGACCAGGGGGGGCGGGGAUGAGACUUCUCCAUGACGUACCUGCUGAACCUUCCCCCCACCCCCCUGCCCCUGGUUAUAUUUCUUUCUUAAACGUAGUACUUCAACGUUCUUCUCUUUCCAGGUGACCUAUAAACUCUAUCGUGUGUUGUUAAACAAACGUGAUAACAUCAAUGCAUGUUCCUGCAGAGAAAAACGAUGGUGGUUGUAGUAAAAAAGUAGUCUUGUAUCUAAUAUUUUGUUCUGUUGGCUCCAGCGUUCAUUUGGUUCCUAUCUCUAUAAAUGCACACAGGCAGCCCUCACUUUCUUCUGUUUCCUGCUUCCUUGUAACAUUUUGCCAAAUAAGAUAUUUAAUAAUUUAUGUAAGUUGUAUAAUGUUAAGUAAACUUCUUGUUCCUCUAGUGGCAAUGCUGAAUAAUUGACACAUGCUUAGCUUGAUAUCAAAGCACUAAAUAUGUCAUUGUUAAAGCGAUGUGGGACAAUAAAGCUUUUACAUGUGGUCUGAAGAAA